UAUGUGCUGGGCGUUGGAUAAGAUAGGUGCAGGAAACGGAUUGAGAGUAAUCGAGCAAAACUUCGAAAAUGGCGAUGAGCUUCUCUUGCCCUUCAUCCUCCUGCUCUCCUUCCAUCACAUCCAUCUUUACCCACAAAACUUAUGCUCCAAUAACUGCAACUACGUUCAAUUUCACCUGUAAUCCUCCUCAUUCUUCAAUUUCUUCUCUCCAAUUCACUACUCCCUCUUACCACAGACCAUCAUCUUCAUCGAGGAUUGUACCUAAACUUUCCCAAACUGAACCUUCAACUCUUGUAUCUGAAGACGAAGUUUCUGAACCUGAGCAGCCAGAAUCUGCCGAAGAAACCCUGAGUACAACUGAACCGAAAGGAGAAGAAGUCUUCGCUGUUGUCAUGAUUGGUGGUCGACAAUAUAUAGUUUUUCCAGGACGUUUUCUGUACACGCAAAGGCUGAAGGGUGCAAAUGUUGAUGACAAAAUAAUUCUAAACAAGGUGUUACUCGUGGGUACAAAAACCAGCACAUAUAUUGGGAAGCCUGUGGUGCCUAAUGCAGCUGUACAUGCCGUAGUAGAGGAACAGGGGCUAGAUCCAAAGGUGGUGGUUUUCAAGUACAAGAAGAAGAAGAAUUACAGGAGGAAUAUUGGCCACAGACAGCCAAACACUCGAAUUCGGAUCUUGGGAAUCACAGGCUAUCAAGAUUCUCCUGCAGCAACUCUCCCCUGAUUCCUGCCAAAUUCUGCAGGUGUAAGUUCCUUUUGGAUUUCUGAAAUUCAAUUAGGAACUCUGGCUGUUCUUUUGUUCCUUGUUUUUACUUGUACGUACUUGAAAAAAUACUCCAAUCGUUAGUCUAGUCUGUAUUUUCCCUCUUUGAUGAUGCUAGCGGACAUAUAACGAGGAUUUCCAAUCAUGAUCAGGGUGUUGUGUUGCUAAUCACCCCUUUGAA